AUGGCCCGUGCUGAUCGAGAACAGCACAAAGUGAAAUAUCCGGGUUGGUCAGCACGCGAGAAUUACGCGGUGCACAAGCGAAAGAAGAAGAGGCGUGAUAAGAGCGAGGAUGUGUCUGCUGAAGAAUGUCCAGCGCGCACGAUUGUGGAAUGCCAAUUACCGGAUCCAAUGGGAUCUUCAUCAGGACCAUCACCGUUGACGUCGUCACUGGGCCCGUCGCCUCUUGGUGGUGUUGUUGAUCACGAUGCCUCGGAUUCUGAAUCGGAAGUGGACGAAGAAGAUCGUACACUUGUCGAUAUGGACAUUCAAGAAGCAGCAAUGCAACAACAAGCGAUUACACGAGACAACGAGCUGGCGGCAUUCUAA